UCACCCUUCUAUCCAGUAUAUAAUGUUGAACCUUUUAAUAUUCAUCUAUAUUUGCAAUUAAAACUGGUGUCGUAUUUGUCAUGUUUCUAUUGAAGUAACUAUUAGUUUGUAUGACAAAUGGAAGGAGAGAUAUUAAUUUUUAUUUGCGAUGGGAAAAGUCAUUUCUAGCUCACUACCUAACUUACACAGAUUCAGCAGAAAAUGACCUUGACAUUUCAUGGUGUGUUUUUUUCCUUCACGUUGAUCUCACUUCUGCUUCAAGCAUUGGGACAAACUGAUAACUGUCCAACAGUUCAACAUAUUUACUCAGGAGGGAACUGCUUUUAUGUUUAUCUGAAUGAGAAAUCUUGGGACGAAGCUAAAGUAGAAUGUGAAAGAUUGAAUAGCUCCCUGGCUGAGUUUGACUCACAAGAACAAGCAAUAAACAUAUUUGUCAGUUACCAAUCAAAUUUUUGGAUUGGCGUGUACGACUACAAACCUGAGCAGUCCUGGGUUUGGAUCAGUGACAACAAAACAGUCAACAUGUCUUACUGGGAUGAAAGUCCAGAAGAUCUCAAGAACGAAACUUGUGGAUACAUGUACUUUUACGAUGAUCCAAAAAUCUCUGUAAAAAAUUGUGCUUCAACAUUGUUCUAUAUAUGUAUGGGUUUACCUGUUGCACCAACAACUACAACUUUAACAACUGAGGUACCAGAAACAACUACCACUUCUACAACUGAGGCACCAGCCACAACUACCUCUUCUACAACUGAGAGGUCUACAAAUAAUACUAUCACUUUUACAACUGAGGCACCAGCUUCAACUACCACUUCUAGAACUGAGGCAACAGCCACUGAAGAAACGACAUCAUUAAGUUCACAAACGUCAACCUACUCCUCAAGCCAACAACCAACAACGUUUCUAGCUAAUACUAUGAGUACUAUCACCAACACAAAUUCUCAAAUGGGGAAUACACUUGAAACCACUAAAGAAUGUAGAGGUAUGAAGUUAAAAGCUUUGCCAAUUCUUCUAUCAUUAACUCUUGUUAUUUUUGUAAUUUAAAUUUCAACUUGAUUGUUUUAAAUUUUCAGCUUGUAAUUGAUCUCAUCAAAUUCUAACUUUUAUGUUGAAGCUUUUUAUAAUAUUUCAUCAAAUUCUAUGUUGAGGGUGGUGACGAGUGGAACCUGGCUUUCUAGCAUAAGGGCUUGGGUUUAAUCUCGUGAAAGAAUCAUUUUGGGAAUUUGUAUUGCGCCCAUGAGUCCAACAAUAAAAAGUAUCUGCAUCUUUAAUAUUAUUUUAAUAUUACUUUUUACGACGAUAGUAUUUACGACACGAUUAGUUUUGCAGAAAUAAUACAAUUUGUCCAAAAUAUUUUCUUGCAAUAUUUUAUGUAUAGCUGUUUAUUGGUCUUGUAUAAAAAUCACUAUUUGAUAUUAUAACAUAUAUACAUAUAUUAUAAUAUAAGUGUACGCUAAAUGAAUAUAUGUCUACAAAUUUCUGUUUCUUUAUUUCUACAUGAGCCCAUUGCUUUUAUAAUUUAUUCGUUUCCAUUGAGUGUUUAUAUUGAAAUUCGAAAACACUCUGUUUGUAAUUUACUAAUAUUUUAAAAAAUAAAACUGUUUUUAAGGAAUCUUGCACACAAUUUUUAUUACUGUAAUUAGAAUCGCUACACAAAUAUUUCUACACAUAAACACGUUUAUAUUAUUCUAAUAUGAGCCCAUUUUUUUAAUGUGUCAAUUGAGUGUUGAUUUUGACUUACUGUAGCAUACAUUUAUUUUGUAAUUCAAUAAAUAAAAUUUA